AACCAGCCUCAGGAUUCACCCAUCCUCACUGAUGCGUGGAUUUCUGUAAGAUCAGCUGCAUCUUUCCCGUUCCCAGCCUCUCAGCAAAAAGGACACACAGAAGGCGGAGGGCUGGUUAAUGAGCUCCUGACAAGCUGGCUACAGGGGUUGGUGACCUUCGAGGAUGUGGCCGUGGAGUUCACCCAGGAGGAGUGGGCGUUGCUGGCCCCUGCCCAAAGGAUGCUAUACAGGAACGUGAUGCUGGAGAAUUUCUGGAACCUGUCUUCCUCACUGGGGAACCAAGUUGAUAAACCUAGUCUGAUCUCCCAUUUGGAGCAAGAAGAUAAAUUGAUGACCGAAGAGAGAGGAAUUGUCCCAGGUACCCGACCAGAUGUGGAGACUCCACUUGAAGCCAGCGGGUUACCUUCUAAGCUACAUGUUUUUCGAAAAGAACAAUCUAGAAAUACGAAAAUGGAGACAAAUCAUCUUGGAGCAAAACUCAGCAAAUGUAAUCAGUGUUUUAAAGUCCUCAGCUCAAAAUCUUCCCUUACACGGCACAAGAGGAUUCAUACUGGAGAAAAACCCUAUGACUGCAGUGAGUGUGGUAAAUCCUACAGGACUAGAUGUUACCUUACUAUUCAUAAGAGAAUCCACAAUGGGGAGAAGCCCUAUGAAUGCAGUGACUGUAGGAAAGCCUUCAUUAAUUCCUCAUCCCUCAGAAUGCACUGGAGAUUUCACACUGGAGAAAAACCCUACAAAUGUAACUGGCGUUUUCAUAAGUUCCGCACUCUGUCUGUCUUCACAAGCCACAAGAGAGCUCAUACGGGGGAGAAUCAUUAUGUAUGUAAUCAGUGUGGAAAGGCUUUCCACACAAGGUCAUCUCUCCACAGUAGAAUUCACACAGGGGAGAAACCUUACGAAUGUCACGAUUGUGGGAAAACUUUCACGAGGAGCACAAAUCUGACACAACACUUAAGAACUCAUACUGGAGAAAAACCCUACAAAUGUAAUGUGUGUGGAAUAUCUUUCACCCAUAGAUUUUCUCUUACAGUACACAGGAGAGUACACAAUGGAGAGAAACCCUAUAAAUGCAAUUACUGUGGAAAAGCCUUUAAUGUUCUCUCAUCAGUUAAGAAACACAUGAGAACGCACACUGGAGAAAAGCCCCAUGAAUGUAAUCAUUGUGAGAAAUCCUUUGCUACUAACUCUAACCUUUCUUUGUAUAAGAGAAUACAUAAUAGACAAUUGUGAAUUCAAAAACUGUGGGGAAAGCAUUUGUUGAUCUUUCAUCCUCAGAUAACAUGAGAGAAC